AUGAAGUACCACGAAAGGACCUUAGUCAACGGGAAAUCAGGCCACGACACACCGAAACGUUCGCGAAUUUCGAAUAGCCCGCUCGUGAACCGUGUUAUGGCCGGAAAUGGAGACAUUCAGUGGUGCUUUUCUCAAGUGAAAGGGACAUUAGAUGAUGACGUAACUGAAGCAGAUAUUAUAUCAUGUGUAGAGUUCAACCACGAUGGCGAGCUGUUAGCAACUGGAGACAAGGGCGGACGUGUAGUUAUUUUCCAACGUGAUCCAAUUUCCAAGACGGUACUUCCGCGACGUGGUGAAUACAACGUGUAUUCUACCUUCCAAUCACACGAGCCAGAGUUUGACUACCUCAAGAGUUUAGAAAUUGAAGAGAAAAUAAAUAAAAUUCGAUGGCUUAAGCGGAGAAAUCCAGCCCAUUUCCUGCUUUCGACAAACGAUAAAACUAUAAAAUUGUGGAAGGUUUCCGAAAGAGACAAAAAGGUUGAAGGUUACAAUACAAGAUCCGAAAAUGGUUCACUCAUAGAUCCUGCCAAUGUUAGUGCGCUUAGAGUACCUUCAAUAAAGCCCAUGGAGUUAAUGGUUGAAGCUUCCCCACGAAGAAUAUUCGCAAACGCACAUACUUAUCAUAUAAAUUCCAUAUCGGUUAAUUCGGACCAAGAAACUUAUCUUUCUGCCGAUGAUCUGAGAAUUAAUCUGUGGCAUCUUGAAAUUACAGAUCAGAGUUUUAAUAUUGUAGAUAUAAAACCUACGAAUAUGGAGGAGCUCACCGAGGUUAUAACGGCAGCAGAAUUUCAUCCUGUAGAGUGCAACUUGUUUGUUUAUAGUAGUAGUAAAGGGACAAUUCGGUUAUGCGAUAUGAGAGCUGCUGCUCUUUGUGAUAGGCAUGCCAAACUGUUUGAGGAGCCCGAAGAUCCUACAAACCGAAGUUUUUUCUCAGAAAUUAUUUCCAGUAUUUCCGAUGUGAAGUUAUCGAACAAUGGCCGAUAUAUGAUUUCUAGAGACUAUUUAUCUGUCAAAGUUUGGGAUUUACACAUGGAGACUAAACCUAUCGAAACUUAUCCUGUGCAUGAGUAUUUAAGGGCGAAAUUGUGCUCACUAUAUGAAAAUGACUGCAUAUUUGAUAAAUUUGAGUGCUGUUGGAAUGGUAACGACACUGCAAUAAUGACUGGUUCCUAUAACAAUUUCUUUAGGAUGUUUGAUAGAACAACGAAGAGGGAGGUUACAUUAGAAGCUUCGAGAGACAUAGCAAAACCUAAAACAGUUUUAAAACCUAGAAAAGUUUGUUCACAGGGCAAACGAAAAAAGGAUGAAAUAAGUGUGGACUGUUUAGAUUUUAAUAAAAAAAUAUUACACACAGCAUGGCAUCCAACGGAGAAUAUCAUAGCUGUGGCGGCAACUAAUAACUUAUUUUUAUUUCAGGAUAAGUUCUAGUGUAAUAUAUAAAACAAUUUUUCGUCGUAUUCAGGUUGUUUUUUUUUAUUGUUAUUUAUCUACUUUUAUCCUUUUGGAUAACCAUCCCCUUAUAAAUUAUGAAUUUUAUUAUACUUUAUUACAGUGUCUGAUUGUUGUCAGAACCAUACAGCAUUCAUUUGUUUUCAGCUUUACCGUAACAAACGUUUGAAGGCUGCAACUUUCUCACAUAAAAUCUCAAAUUGUUAUAUUAUUGUUGUGAUAAUUAUAAUAAAAUAAUUUCUUUUUUACAUCCGACUAUGUCUCCUUUAUUUCUUUACUUUUUAUUUUUUAUUAAGUGUACCGUGCUGUGCAUAUGAAGUGGUACGAAUUUUGAGGUUAAAUUUGUUGGCCUUUAUGUGAAAAAGCUUCAUGCCUUUAAGCCAGUGUGAUAUUACUGAUUGAUAUUGUUCUAAAGCUGUUUAUUAGUAGAAAAAUUGUGUAAAAAGAUUAAGCGUAUUUGACCGCUAAUAAAAUUUUACCUCAAAAUUUUAAUUCUUAACGACUAGGCGUGAACGGUUUUAUUAAAGUUAUGUAUUAGAGGUUAUUCACAUCCUAAUAUACUAAAGUGACAAUUUAUGAAUGUACAUAAUCAGAAUUGCAUUGGACUAGAAAUGUUUCAUACAUAAUCUUUUUUUUUUUUGUAACCAGAGCUUCGUUGUAUGGUGUUACAGUUGCAAGGUGGAAAAUAUGAUGUAAAAUUGUACAAAUUGUAAAUAAUAUACAUAUAAUUUUUUA